ACGGCGGCGCGGGGCCGCGCCGGGCCGGGCGCUCCGGGCGCUGCGCUCCCUCAGUGCGCGCUCCCGUUCUGCGCGUUCCCGGUGCGCGCUCCCGUUCCGCGCUCCCCGUGCGCGCUCCCGUGCGCGCUCCGCCAUGGCCGCCCCCCGCGCAGGGAAGAAUCACUGAGCCACGCCGCACGUCCAGAGCGGAGCCAUGGCCCCGCAAAGCUCUUCCCCCGCGGACCCCUCGAUCCAGGACCCUUCUGGCGCCUCGGGGAAGCACUACGUGUGCGGGUACUGCGCGGCGUUCACCAACAUCGCGGUGACGUUCCCCAUCCAGAAGGUUCUGUUCCGGCAGCAGCUGUACGGGCUGCGCACGCAGGACGCGGUGCGGCAGCUGCGGCGGGACGGGCUGCGCACGCUGUACCGCGGCGUGCUGCCCCCGCUCAUGCAGAAAACCACCACGCUGGCGCUCAUGUUCGGCCUCUACGAGGAUUUCUCGGCGCUGCUGCUGAGCCACGCCCGAGCGCCCGAGCUGCUGACGCGCAGCGCGGCGGCGGCGCUGGCCGGCACCACCGAGGCCGUGCUGACGCCCUUCGAGCGCGUGCAGACGCUGCUGCAGGACUACAAGCACCACGAUAAGUUCACAAACACUUACCAGGCUUUCAAGGUGCUGAAAGCUUACGGGAUGCGGGAGUAUUACCGGGGAUUGGUGCCGAUUCUGCUGCGGAACGGGCCCAGCAAUGUGCUUUUCUUCGGGCUGCGUGGGCCCAUCAAGCAGUGUCUGCCCGAGGCCACCUCGUACAGCUCCAACCUGGUCAACGACUUCAUCUGCGGGGGGCUGCUGGGCGCCGUGCUGGGCUUCCUCUUCUUCCCGAUCAACGUGGUAAAAACUCGCAUGCAAGCUCAGAUCGGUGGCGAAUUCCAGUCCUUCUCCAAAGUGUUAGUGAAGAUCUGGCUGGAACGCGAUAGGAARUUGAUCCACCUCUUUAGAGGAGCCCACCUGAACUACCACCGCUCUGUGCUGUCCUGGGGGAUCAUCAACGCCACCUACGAGUUCCUGCUGAAGCUGCUGUGACCCCCGUGCUGCUCGUGGGGUGUUGGUACUCGCAGUGUCCUCGGUACCAGGGAACAGUGCCUGUGCAUGUGACAGGUAAUUCCUCCCGGCCUUUGCUAUUUAUGGGGUGAAUGGUGAUGCAUUUAAACCUUGGUGCAAUUACAAUGAACUUUUUUUAAAGUAUUCCUUUGCUGGCAGGUGAGUUUACCCGUAACAGAGCUACUAGACAAGUACAAAGUCUGAAAAAAAAAAGAAAAAAACAAACAUACUUGUAUUAUUCUGCAUCACUCCCAAAAUUCCGUAGUGCUCUGUGAUGGGAUGCGCUCCACUGCCCAUGUUUAGAACGUGAGAAUCAAGGAGGGGCUGAAGAAAAUUCCAUUGCUUGAUCAUCUUCCAAAUGUCGAUUUUGGAACUGCAUUUUUCAGAUGUUUUGGAGUCCUAACUGUGUAAAGCUCAAAGGACAGAUCCAAAAGGGGAUGACUGAAGUGCAGAGCUCCCAGCUGCACCUCAGCGUGCUGCAGCCACUGUGAGAUGUGGCUGUGGUGACAUUGUCCUCCAGCCGUGGCACUGAACGUGUGACCUCAGCCCAGGCUGGAUCCGUGUGUGUGUGUGUGUGUGUACGUGUGCGUGUCCGUGUGCCUUCCUGUGAAAAAGAAGAAGUGGAAGAAAUGGAACAGCAAACUGACUAAAGCUUUAAAGUGUCCUUCCUUGUUAAAAAAAAACAUGGUAGUUCCGCGCUUUUUUUUUUUUUUUUUUUUUGAGAGUUUUGGGGGUUUUUUUGCAUUGCUGCUUUUUCUGUUGCCUCAGCUACAGGGCCAUGGAGAUGUCUGUGUCUGUAACGCUGAUGGGACUCUCCAGCUCCUGCAGCUGCUCAAGCACUUCACACACGGCUUUUUGCACUGCAGCCUCUUGUCUCUUCUCARUUCCCUCUGUGGGAUUACAGAUCACGAGAUGUUUUUACCCAAAACUCGGGGUUCUGCCUGCUUGCUGUGUGCUGUUGACAGUUCUGCCAGAGUGGCACAGACRAGGUGAGGUUCCUGGGCUGCCUGCUUCAGCAGAGGUCUGUAGGUGUAGCGGAGUUGGAAAGCCAAAGAUGACCUUGGAAGCAGGAAGACAGGUU